AUGUCGCCCAUAACUCUCGAUCUCACAUCCGACUUCAACCCCGCCAACACCACGGGCGCGGGGUCGUCGUCGUCGCAACCCAGAACCCUCCUCGUUGCGCCGCCCUCGGUCGCCUCCCACGAGGAGCGCAUCAGCGCCCUCUUCUCCACCUACCCCCGCGAGACCACCGACCUGCACAUGCUCGACCGACUCGCCGCCGGUCUCGUCACCCUCCCCGCAUCCACCUACGACCUGAUCCUCGUUUUGACCGACCCGGACGGCAGCCGUCAUGCCGAAGCCUCGGCCCUGCUCAGUAACCGCGCCGUGUGGUCCCUUCUCGUCCCCGCCCUCAAGGCCGGCGGCAAUCUGCGCAGCGAAGAUGGCACCCUCGGCACAAACACCGCUACCCCUGAGGCCCGUGAGGCCGUGCUAGCCGGUCUCGUCGCCGGCGCCGAUGGCUUCACCAAGCCCGACUACGCCGAGGAGGAAGCCGUGCCGUUGCGUUUUGGCCUCAAGAGGAAGACCAACCCCAACUCCGUUGUUGCGCCCAUCCAGCCCGUCGCCCAAGUCGUCACUGCCGCCCCAGCCGGCGUCGGUUUCGUCACGCUCGAUUUGAACGACGAUCUCGAUCUCGACGACGACGACGACGACGACGUGAUUGACGAGGACACACUCCUCACGGAAGCGGACCUGCGCCGCCCCAUCCAGCAGCCGCCCGAGUGCCAGCCCAAGCCGGGCAAGAAGAGGAGGGCGUGCAAGGACUGCACGUGUGGGCUGGCGGAGCGGCUGGAGGCGGAGGACAAGGCGCGCAGGGAGAAGGCGGACCAGGCGCUGAACACGCUCAAGCUCAAGAGCGAGGACUUGCUGGAGCUGGAUCUGACGGUUCCCGGAAAGACGGGGAGCUGUGGUAGUUGUGCGUUGGGAGAUGCUUUCAGGUGUGCUGGCUGCCCAUACCUAGGUCUCCCACCCUUCAAGGUCGGCGAGGAGGUGUCGAUCCUCAACAACGUGCCGCAGUUGUGA